CUGCCUUGGCCCCGGAAGGUGGAUGAAGUGGGGCCUCAGCACUGUUCAUCCCACCAGACAGGCUGGACCCUUGAGCUCCUGACUGGCACUGAAGGGCUUGGAUCCGGAGACAGCAUGUACUCACCCAUCCCCCAGAGUGGCUCUCCAUUCCCAGCCUCGGUGCAGGAUCCCGGCCUGCACAUAUGGCGGGUGGAGAAGCUGAAGCCGGUGCCCGUGGCCCUUGAGAACCAGGGUGUCUUCUUCUCGGGAGACUCCUACCUCGUGCUGCACAAUGGCCCGGAAGAGCUCUCCCACCUGCACCUGUGGAUAGGCCAGCAGUCGUCCCGGGAUGAGCAGGGGGCCUGCGCCGUGCUGGCCGUGCACCUCAACACCCUGCUUGGGGAGCGGCCUGUGCAGCACCGAGAGGUACAGGGCAAUGAGUCCGACCUCUUCAUGAGCUACUUCCCACGUGGUCUUAAGUACCAGGAAGGCGGCGUGGAGUCAGCGUUUCACAAGACCUCGCCAGGGGCCACCCCAGCUGCCAUAAGGAAACUCUACCAGGUGAAGGGCAAGAAGAACAUCCGUGCCACUGAGCGGGCGCUGAGCUGGGACAGCUUCAACACAGGGGACUGCUUCAUCCUGGACCUGGGCCAGAACAUCUUCGCCUGGUGUGGUGCAAAGUCCAACAUCCUGGAGCGUAACAAGGCGCGGGACCUGGCGCUGGCCAUUCGGGACGGCGAGCGGCAGGGCAAGGCCCAGGUGGAGAUCGUCAGCGACGGAGAGGAGCCUGUCGACAUGAUCCAGGUCCUGGGCCCCAAGCCCGCCCUGAAGGAAGGCAACCCCGAGGAGGACCUCACAGCUGACCGGACAAACGCCCAGGCUGCGGCUCUGUAUAAGGUCUCUGAUGCCACUGGACAGAUGAGCCUGACCAAGGUGGCCGACUCGAGCCCCUUUGCCCUCGAGAUGCUGAUACCCGACGACUGCUUUGUGCUGGACAACGGACUCUGCAGCAAGAUCUACAUCUGGAAGGGGCGCAAAGCUAACGAGAAGGAACGGCAGGCGGCCCUGCAAGUGGCUGAAGACUUCAUCGCCCGCAUGCAGUAUGCCCCAAACACUCAGGUGGAGAUUCUGCCCCAGGGCCGCGAGAGUCCCAUCUUCAAGCAAUUCUUCAAGGACUGGAAAUGAGGGCGGGCGUCUCCCUGCCCCCGCCUGCUGCCCACUUGCUUCUUCUCCAGCUUCCUGGUCAGUGCCGAGGCGCCCCCGCGGAUGAUCAAUAAAGGAGACCAGUGCUCUUCUUGCUCUCUGCCU